GACGGAUACGUGGUGAUAAUGCACUGAGGGAUGGAGCUGUGUUUGAGGUGUGAGGCUGUGAUGAUGGGUGUGUGGGCCAGAGUGGCGGCUCUGUCUCUGGUCCUGCAGCAGCUGACGCUCACCGUCACAGCUCAGGGCGUUAUCUAUGACCUGCUGCUGUCUCCAGACUGCCUGCCAGAUCUGCUUCAAGGAGGCCUGAAGAACAAAGGAAGAGAUGAGGCAUUCCUGCUCGCAUCAUUUAUCCUACAAAACAAAGCUCCCACGUCUCUCUUUAGUGUCAUCAACCCCAAAGACAACUCCAAGUACCUGGAGCUGAGCGUGCAGGCCAAGCUAAGCAAGAUGACUCUCCGAUACCAGAAGCCUGAUGGCAGAUUUGGUACGACCAGUUUUAACCAUCCGUCCCUGGCCGACGGCAGAGACCAUGAUGUGAUACUUCAUGCCAGUGGUCUACAGCGUGGCCCCCCACGCCUACACAUCUAUGUAGACUGCAGACUGGUGCACACUUUGGACGAUCUACCGGCUGCUUUUGGGUCAUUACCAUCUGGUCCCAACAGGGUGGCACUUAGGACCCUGCAGACAAGUGGACAGGAUGAACUGAGAGACUUAAAGCUGGUGAUAGAGGACACUAUAGACAAUGUGGCCACUCUGCAUGACUGCAAUACUGAUCAGGGUGAAGCUGUGCAGUUGCUGGGUAUCCAGGAAGCCAGGACAGCACAUGACCAGGCCACGAUGCUGGAGCUGAAGAGGAUGCUGUCAGAGAUGAAAGAGCUCCUCAACCAGCAGAUAAAGGAGACUUCUUUUCUGAGGAACACCAUCGCUGAAUGUCUUGCCUGUGGUCUCGGAGGCACUCCAACCAACACUAAUCCAAGUCCACAUCCAGGUCCAGUUCCAGGUCCAAGUCCAGGACAGUUUAAUUUGCCUCCUCAGCCUCUGUCUCAGUGCCCACCUGGCACCUGUUUCAGACAGAACAUGUGUAUCCGUACAGAAUCAGAUGGUUUUCGGUGUGCCCCCUGUCCUGAUGGCUACACUGGAGACGGAGUCUACUGUGACGACGUAGACGAGUGCAAGUUUAAUCCAUGCUUCCCUGGUGUGCAGUGCGUGAACACUGCUCCUGGUUUUCGCUGUGGGAAAUGCCCUCUGGGAUACACUGGGCCAGAGAUAAAUGGAGUGGGAGUAUCUUAUGCUAAGUCACACAAACAGGUGUGUGAUGACAUAGAUGAGUGUCUUGGCCCACCUGAAAAUGGAGGCUGUGUUCCCAACUCUCACUGCUACAACACUAUAGGCUCCUUCCGUUGUGGAGACUGUAAGACUGGCUUCACAGGUGACCAAGUGAGAGGCUGUCGUGGCACCAGGCUUUGCCCCAACGGUCAACCCAACCCCUGUGACGCCAAUGGCGACUGUGUUGUGGAGAGAGACGGCAGCAUUAGCUGUGUGUGUGGCAUUGGAUAUGCAGGCAACGGAUACGUGUGUGGAAAGGACACUGACAUUGAUGCGUAUCCUGACACUAAGCUGCAGUGCAGGGACAACAAGUGUGAAAAGGACAAUUGUAUAUUUGUGCCUAACUCAGGCCAAGAGGAUGCAGACAGAGAUGGGAUGGGAGAUGCCUGUGAUGACGAUGCAGACAGUGACGGCAUUAUGAACAUAGAUGAUAACUGCUGGCUGGUUCCUAACGUGGACCAGAGGAACAGUGACAAGGAUCUCCAUGGCGACGCUUGUGACAACUGCAGGACUGUAGAUAAUCCAACACAGAGGGAUACAGACCAGGACGGGUUGGGAGAUGAAUGUGAUGAUGACAUGGAUGGGGAUGGCUUGAAAAAUAUCCUUGACAACUGCCCGCGAGUCCCCAACCCUGACCAGAGUGACAGAGACAACGACGGGGUGGGAGACGCCUGUGACAGCUGUCCUGAUAUGGUCAACCCUAACCAGUCUGACUCAGAUGAUGACCUCGUAGGAGACACUUGUGAUGACAACAUAGACAGUGAUGGUGAUGGCCACCAGAACACAAAAGACAACUGUCCCACAGUCAUCAACUCCGCUCAGCUGGACACUGACAAAGAUGGACUGGGAGAUGAAUGUGACGAUGAUGAUGACAAUGACGGCAUUGUGGAUGAAGAUGACAACUGCAGAUUAGUUCCCAAUACGGAUCAAAAAGACACAGAUAAUGAUGGAGUUGGAGACGCUUGUGAAGGAGACUUUGACAAAGAUAAUGUCAUUGACAUUAUCGACCACUGUCCAGAGAAUGCUGAAAUCACCCUGACGGACUUCAGAGCCUAUCAGACCGUAGUGCUCGACCCAGAAGGGGACUCUCAAAUCGACCCCAACUGGGUGGUCCUCAACCAGGGCAUGGAGAUAGUUCAGACCAUGAACUCUGACCCUGGCCUCGCUGUGGGUUAUACGGCGUUCAGUGGGGUCGACUUCGAGGGAACAUUCCAUGUGAACACUGUCACAGAUGAUGACUACGCUGGCUUCAUCUUUGGUUACCAGGACUCCUCCUCCUUCUAUGUGGUGAUGUGGAAGCAGACGGAGCAAACCUACUGGCAGGCUGCACCUUUCAGAGCUGUCGCUGAGCCGGGAAUACAGCUGAAGGCAGUGAAGUCUAAGACAGGUCCUGGUGAACAUCUGAGGAACUCCCUCUGGCACACGGGACACACCGAUGAACAGGUUCGACUCCUGUGGAAGGACCCCAGGAACGUCGGCUGGAAGGACAAGGUUUCCUACCGCUGGUUCCUCCAGCACAGACCGCAGGUUGGAUAUAUCAGGGCUCGUUUCUAUGAGGGUUCCGACCUGGUUGCAGAUACAGGGGUUAUAAUUGACACCAGCAUGAGAGGUGGAAGACUGGGCGUGUUCUGUUUCUCUCAGGAAAAUAUCAUCUGGUCCAAUCUUAAAUAUCGCUGUAAUGACACCAUUCCUGCUGACUACGAGGACCUCAGUACCCGAGACACAGCGAGCAAUCCAUCGACAUAGAGCUGAGCCCUUCUGAAAACAUGGAUAAUAGGAGCAGAAAUGCACUGAUGACAGCAGUAAACUAGGGAAUAUCAAGUAAUGAUGGACAAAAAAGAAGGAAUAAAGAGGACUUAUUUGGUGAAAGACAUGCUUUGUCUUGUUUAGAGCCAAUUAAUGGAGCAUUUUUGGGCAUUUUUUAAAUAAUACUCCUUAUUUUUUGUGUACCUGAAGCUCAUGCUUAGUGUAAAAUGCAUUCAUUCAUCAGCAGGUCCUGUGUAUGUUUAUGCAAUAUCACUUUGAUUUUCUUCUCUGCAUUUUAUUUACAGCAUUAAAGUAUAAUAGUGUUACUAUAAUUCCAAUAAAAUCCUAAGCAUUUUACAAAACCAAUGCAUCCUCUAUCUUCUAGUUCACUGUAUGGUUUUGUCUGUAUGCAGUACAAGAAAGAAUAAAAACACCACAUGGCGUUCAAUGGAUGUUUUAUUGAAAGAGUAUGAACAAUGUGAACCAACUGUUUGGCACCCACUUCUCUGGAUUUUAAAUAUACUACUUGAUGAAAAUGUCCCUGUAUGUUAUGGUAGUAUACAGCCUUCACAGUGGAUGCUGUCUGACUUAGAUUUACUUGUUUGACAUCAAAGCUGCUGAGCACCAUUAAAUUUCUACAUUCAUACCAAUAACUAAAUGCAGAAAUACAGUAUUACCAAGAAUUAUAAGUCACAUGACAAAAUUUGCAGAUAUAUAAAGCAUAAUACAAAGGACAAUUUUCUCAGAUGACACCAAAAUGUACAUAUAAUUUACUAUAAAGCAUGUUAGAAAAACAAUUAGACAACAGAAAAACAAGCUUUUUGAUGAGUGAGAAAAUUAGAGGCUUGAGGAUGACAGUGCGAUAGAUAUUGUAUUUUUAUACAAUAAAAAAAAAAUCAGUUACACAAGUAACUGGUGAA